AUGGAAUUUGAGGCUUAUGCAACUUUAUUUCAGCCAGACGACCCUAUUCAAUACAUGAUAGACCAUCCGUUUUGCUCUGUGAAAUUUGUGGAUGUAAAAGUACCUCGUAUCUUGAGUUUUUGUGAGCAAACUACAAGUAAAUUAUUCAGGUCAUUUGAAUAUGGAAUUCUAUUUUCUGUAUAUCAACAUAUAUAUCUUGAAUACCUCCUCUUUUUAUUUGGUCAAAGAACCUUUAUCCGUAGAUUAAUUAGAAUUUACCCAGCUAACCAGUUCUUCGUGCCAAAGACGUAGAGCGAUGUACCUCAUAUUAUAUAAUAUAGAAAUUAUUUAUCUGUGUGUAUCUCACUUACUGUUCUGUGAAACAUGAAUAAAAGUGGGACUUAGUAGCUCACCGAUUAUUGUUUGUAAAAAGAAACAUCACACCCAAGCAAAAACUGCGUGUACUUAAGCAGAAGUCAUCGAUACCAUACUUUAUGGUUGAUCUCGGGUAAAACUUCGGCUAAUUAGAAAGCG